GAGUGCUUGUCUUGAGCUUUUUGCCUAUACUGACGGUGCGAAAACAUUCGCUAUCUGUAUCCGAGUGCGAUGCCUUCGCUCGCAAUGCGUUAGAGUCUAACGCAGUUUCUCGGGACAGAGAAGGCGUGGAGAUGUUUCGGGCCGUGAUCGGCGCUGUCCUGUUGCUCGCCUUGGAAGCUCACAGCCUUUCGACGUGUCCUAGAGUGGAGGUGAUCUUUCCUUGCCGCUGCUCCAUCUCUUGGUCCUGUCGCUGUCCCGAGGCGCACUGCUCCGGGAUCCGAGAAAGUCCGCGGCUACAGUACGCCCUCGUGCCGUUCGCCAACAAUGGUUUGGUGAAUCUCAAGAUUGACUUCAGUCACGUGGACUUCUGCGAAGACUUCUUUCCGCGUGGCAUCAUGGUCCACCUGCUGAGGAUCCGCAACAGUCGGCUCAGCUGGAAUCCAGAGUCGAAGCCCCUGGAACCGCUCGCUGACUCGGUGGAGCACAUCUCGCUGGUGAAGUGCAACGUUCCGGGAAACUGGACCGUCUUCUCGGUGCUGAGGAAGUUGAAGAUACUGGAGGUGAACGAGGGUCAGGGAAUUGUGCCAACGUCGCUUACGGAUGUUCCAGCUACGUUGGAAAUGCUCAAGUUGACGUGGUGCAAGUUGAGGGACUUGGCUCCCGGGGCGCUCGCGCACAUGUCCUCCCUCAGGACAGUCUAUCUGCAAGGAUGCAAGCUAGAGAGGCUGAGGAGGGGUGUGUUCUCCGGGGAUUCCCUCGUCACUCUCAACCUGCAAAACAACCGCAUAUCAGUGGUGGAGGAGGGAGUUUUCGACGACAUGCCCAACCUGCUGUCCUUAGAUCUGAGCUCGAAUAAUAUAAGAAGCCUUCCAGUGGAUGCCUUCCGCAAUAACCCGAGGGUUUCACUCAUUCUUUACAAUAACCCUUACAACUGCGACUGCAGCGCCAAGUGGCUGAUGCGACGAGCGGACGACUGGCGGCUGCCGCAGUGCAGCGAACCCCCGACGGUUCGUGGCAAGUCCAUGUCACAGCUGCAAGACUACUUCCUUUCAUGUUAACCUUUCCAAACAACUCGAAAAAUACCUCACAAUUAAAAAAUACCUAAUUCUGAAGCAGCA